AUGACGGGACCCACGGCGGGCACGGCCGCCCGGCGGGCAGCGCGCGCGCUCCGGCCAAUCAGCGCUCGGGGCGCCCCAGCCCGGCGGGCAGCGCGCGCGCUCCGGCCAAUCAGAGAUCAGUUGGGACACGCCCCUUCCGUGCGCGCAGGCGCUCGGCACAUCAUGGGCUCCCUGCGGCUCCUCGUCCCCCGCUGGUGCCGCUACGCCUCCCCCGCUGUGCUGCGGGCGCGGUGCGCAGCCCCCGGGAUGGGACCCGGGCAGGCGCCGCUCCUGUCCCGGCCCCCAGACCAGGGCCUGCUGCCGGGCUGGAGAACGUGCAGCUCCUCCCAGGCCUCCUCCAGACUGCCCGGCAGCGACCCGAAAGACAUCACUGCUAGAAGCUCCGCUGGAGCUGCCGAGGAGCAGAAGGAUGACGAUGAUGAUGAUGAAGGUGUGGAGUUUGGGACGUUGUCUGAUAAAUUUUCCUCUAGGAAGUAUUACCACAAAACCACAGCACGCUUUCGGGAUUUAAAGCUUCGAGAAGAAGGAGAAGAAGAACCAGAAAGAAAACCUCGACGUGGCCCUAAGAAUACUCCAUACUGGUACUUCCUACGGUGUAAGGCUCUCAUCAAAGAGGACAAGCUGGCAGAGGCUCUGGAGCUGUUUGAGGUGCAGAUGCUGAAGGAGGAGCGUGUCCAGCCAGAAGAAGGCAAUUACACUGUUCUCAUUGGUGGCUGUGGCAGGGUUGGAUAUGUGAAGAAGGCAUUCAGGCUCUACAAUGAUAUGAAAAAACGAGGGUUGAUGCCCACAGAGGCCACUUACACAGCCCUGUUCAAUGCCUGUGCCGAGUCCCCCUGGAAGGACUCGGGGCUGCAGAGCGCCCUGAAACUGCGGCAGCAGCUGCAGAGCAAAAACCAGGAGCUGAACCUCAUCACCUACCACGCCCUGCUGAAGGUCUGUGCCCUCUGCUCAGACCUCAGGAUGUGCUUGGAUGUACUCAAGGAAAUUGUGCAGAAGGGCCAUGUCCUCACAGCUGAGACCUUCAGCUUCCUCCUCAUGAGCUGCAUAAAAGACACCGAAAAUGGCUUCAGAUUUGCCUUGCAGGUUUGGCAGCAGAUGAACAAGCUGGGAAUCAGGGCUGACAGCCACACCUACAACCUGAUGCUGCGUGCAGCCAGAGACUGCGGGAUCGGCAAUCCCGCUGUGGCCUCCAGGCUCCUGCUCAGCCCCCCUGAGAGCUCACCUCAGCUAAAGCUGCCACCUGGCAGGAAGGAAAAGGUGAAAAAUCAGAGGAAGAAGGGAUCAGAGAGUGCUCCUGUCCAGCUGGAUGUGGAAGCUAUGGAAAAGCAAUUGUUUCAGGAGAGUUCAGUGCAGCCCGAGGAACGGAUCCAGCCACAAAAUAAAGAUGUGGCUGGGGCUGAAGCAGAACCAGCUGCUCCUGACAGCCCCAGAGUCACUCACAGCAGGGCUGGAGCCUUGAUGAGGAGAGCCCAGAGUGAGAUGGAACAGGAACAGCCACACCCCAUCCAGAAGCUGCCUUUGUGCAACCUGCCCAACUUGUUGGAUUCCAGGGUGGCUGACACAGCCGUGGUUUCCCUGGGGACAGUGGCCACACCAUCCCACAGACUGGCUCUGAUGGGGGAUGUGGAGGGAUUCUUGAACAAAAUGAAAGAGGACGAUGCAGAGCCCAACAUUAAAACAUUCACAUUACUGGCUGAACUGGUGGAACCCCAAAGCCCCUCAGAGUCCUCUCUGCUGGCAUUGCUGGAUGAUCAUAAAGUAAAAGUAGAUGUGACCUUCUUUAACACUUUAAUGAGGAAGAGAAGUAAACUGGGAGACCUGGAGGGAGCAAAGAGGUCUGGAAUAACCCCCAACAAGCACAUCUACAGCAGCCUGAUAGCUGCAGCUGUGAGGCAGCUGGAUUACAGUUACCUCACGGAGAUCCUGCGGGACAUGAGGAACAGGCAGGUGCCUCCCAAUGAAGUCAUCAUCCGGCAGCUGGAGUUUGCAGCACGGUACCCUCCCAAAUUUGACAGGUACAAGCACAAAAACCCAUACCUGGAGAAGAUUGAUGGUUUCCGUGGCUACUACUACCGCUGGUUAAAGGUGAUGGCUGGAGAGGAGACCCCCCACCCCUGGGCCAAGUACAGGACAGCAAAGCCUGGGGGGCAGGACAGCGAGGCAGAGGCUCUGCAGGAAAAGGGAGCAGGAUGCUGA